AUGGCAAUUCAGUUCAGAUUUUAUAUGCCCGGGCAGGUGCAGCCACCCAAAACCCUCCUACACAAGGCAGAGAUUGAGCCUUCAUUCUGGUUCUUUAACAAAGGCCAUUUUUUUUCUUUGAAGAGGAUUAGUUAUUACUGUUGUUUGGAAAGAUGAAGAAGAUGAUAGCUUUAGGGUUUGAGGGUUCGGCUAACAAGAUUGGGGUUGGAGUUGUGACUUUAGAUGGUACAAUUUUAUCAAACCCUCGUCACACUUACAUUACACCUCCUGGGCAAGGAUUUUUACCACGUGAAACCGCACAGCAUCAUCUACAACAUGUCCUUCCGUUGGUUAAAUCUGCUUUAGAGACUGCCCAAAUAACCCCUGAUGAAAUCGAUUGUAUUUGUUAUACAAAAGGCCCUGGCAUGGGAGCACCACUGCAGGUUUCUGCUAUUGUUGUUAGGGUUCUUUCACAGCUGUGGAAAAAACCCAUUGUUGCUGUCAAUCAUUGUGUUGCUCAUAUUGAGAUGGGUAGGAUUGUUACUGGAGCAGUUGACCCUGUUGUCUUGUAUGUUAGUGGUGGGAAUACUCAGGUUAUUGCUUAUAGUGAAGGGCGGUAUCGAAUCUUUGGUGAAACUAUUGAUAUUGCUGUUGGGAAUUGCUUGGAUAGGUUUGCUAGGGUUUUGCAGCUCUCUAAUGACCCAGCCCCUGGAUAUAAUAUUGAGCAGCUUGCUAAGAAAGGGGAACAAUUUAUAGACCUUCCUUAUGUUGUCAAAGGGAUGGAUGUUUCUUUUAGCGGAAUAUUAAGUUUUAUUGAAGCUACUGCAGAGGAGAAGCUUAAAAAUAAUGAAUGUACUCCUGCAGAUUUGUGCUACUCUCUACAGGAAACAGUGUUUGCUAUGCUUGUGGAGAUCACAGAACGAGCAAUGGCACAUUGCGACAAGAAAGACAUUCUUAUUGUUGGUGGUGUUGGAUGCAAUGAGCGGUUGCAAGAAAUGAUGAAAAUAAUGUGCUCUGAGCGGGGUGGAACUCUGUAUGCAACUGAUGAUAGGUAUUGCAUUGAUAACGGAGCAAUGAUUGCAUAUACUGGUCUCAUAGCUUUUGCUCAUGGUACGACAACACCUCUAGAGGAAUCCACUUUCACCCAGAGAUUCCGAACUGAUGAAGUGCAUGCAAUUUGGAGAGAGAAAGAGUCGGUGUGAAAAGUGUGAGAGAAUAGUGCCUCAACCGAGCAAAUCUAAGGUUUAAGCACUUGCGGAAAUCGGGAGAUCAAAAAUUCAAUAUCAACCCACUACAUUGAUUUGUAUUAUGUAGCUAGCUUUGUAAGACAAGUUUAAAGCUAAUUUAUUAAAUGAGAAACUGUUACAUUAAACUUCAUUUGUAUAGAAAUUUCCUGGGAUUUCUCUGUAUCUAUGCUUGCAUUUGUUGAUGUUUACGUCUUGGGCUAUGUAUGGUUGAGAGGAAGAGAAGUAAGAAGGAAAUAAAUAUGAACGUCUACUGUUUAUAA